AUGGCCCUGUGGGCGUGGUUGGGGCCGGUGAUAGCGUUGCUGGCGGUGAUGUUCAUAUACGCGGCGUUCCAGAUGUGGUACAAAAUGAGCACCGGCGUGUGCACUUCCAAGAGGCGACUUGACGGCUGCACGGUCCUCGUCACUGGCGCCAACACAGGCAUCGGCCUAGAGACAGCAAAGGAGAUGGCGCGGCGGGGAGCGCGGGUGCUUCUGGCCUGCAGGAGUCCCCAGAGGGGGCAGGCGGCGCUCGAGGAGGUGCGCCGCGUGGCCACCAAGGACGCGACGGUGGCGCUGCUGGCGCUGGACCUGGAGUCGCUGGAGUCCGUCCGCGCGUGCGCUGCGCACGUCCUCGCCACGGAGCCGCGCCUGGACGUCCUCAUCAACAACGCGGGCGCGGCCUUCCUCAGCAACGCCAAGACGGCUGACGGCCUUCACACCGGCCUCCAGGUGAACCACUUUGGACCGUUCCUCUUCACGCUGCUGUUAGUUGAGCUGCUCAAGAAGUCUGCGCCCUCCAGGAUCAUCUUCGUGUCUUCAGUGGCACAUGAGUACGCCAAGCUGAAACCCGAGCAACUGGAAUACGAUGUCGCCAAAAAGAUUGGCGACACUCAGAUAUAUGCGAUGACUAAACUGGCAAACGUUCUCAUUUCAAAUGAAUUCGCUCGGCGACUGAGUGGCACAGGUGUAACAGUGAACAGUUUGCAUCCAGGAGCUGUGAAGACAGAAGUUUAUAGAAAUUUACCUGCUGCUAUGGCAACGAUUGUCGACUUUGGAGCAGGGCUGUUCAUGAAGACCCCUACGGAUGGCGCUCAGACGACGAUCCACCUGGCCGUGUCUGAAAAAGUGGAAGGAGUCACUGGCAGUUACUUCAGCGACUGCAAGGAGAAGCGUAUGGCGAAAGCAGCGUAUGACGUAAACCUGGCCCGCGCUAUAUGGGAAAAGAGCGAACAACUGAUGGGGCUCCAAGCCAACAAAUUUCCUUCCGUUGGCGAAGAAAUAAAAUCACCCCCACAACCUCUGCAAGAAGAUACACCAGAAGGCGUUUCAGUUGAUCCAUAAAACAGAGCGUACACAAAUCCGAGUCGAGACUAGCGUGCCACUUUGAUAGGUCGUUCUUUCAAAAUCAUAAAUUGUUGACAGCACAAAAUUUGGCAGUUCUCGAAAUAAAUGUGUCAUCUUCCAUUCAGAGCUCAUCAAGCAGUUUAAUGGAUUUUAAAAGUCAUACGCCACUAAGAAAGUCCUGCGUGUUCUGAGUUUCUUAGGUCCUACACUUCAUGUUAUAUUAAUGAAAUCAAUGCUUGUAAUACUAAGUCAGAAUUAAAUUUCGUUUGCGACAAAUGUAUAUACACGAUUUAGAUUUGUGACGUUAAAUCAAUAAAUAAGGUAACAAUAAUGGGAAUUUCUAAACCAGAACAAGCUGAUGUAAGAACAAUUGUCUGUGAUAAAAUAUUCAAGGUUAUGUACUGUUAAUGGUUAAGCAUGUGAACAAACGUUAUGUAAAUUAAUGAAUACGGUAAUAUUGUUUUACAAUUCAAAUAAUUAUUUUUAUUUCUCACGCCAAUAUUUCAAUUCUCUUCGACUAACAAGAAAGUGUUGGGAUGGGUCAGGGAUGGGUCAAUGCAUAAGCAUUCUAAGAACGUACUGAACACCCUCACUAAUAGACACUUUACAUUAGUUCAUAAAAAUAUGUAAAAUGUUGUAACAUAUAUUACAUUUUCAAAUUAAUAUAAUUAAUGUU